GGUCGCUCCACUCGCAUGUCCGCUCUUGCAGAGGUUCCAGUAGCCCAUCAGGAAAAUGAGAUGGAAGUGGAGAUGCCUGCACCUGCGAACUCGCACAAGUCAUUUUCUGCUUCUGCCCGCCCCCCUAGGCCCUCCUGUUCUGCAGUGGCUGAAAUUCCAUUGACGAUGGUCAGCGAGGAAAUGGAAGAGCAAGUUCGUCCCAGCCGUGGCUCCUCUUCUACAAACCAUGUGAACUCAGUUCGAAGGAAAUCAUGCGCUGUGAAGGAAAUUGAAAGAAUGAAGAACAAGCGAGAAGAGAAGAAAACGCAGAACUCUGAAAUGAAAAUAAGGCGUGCUCAGGAGUUUGACAAUAACUUUCCAAACUGGGAAUUUGCACGGAUGAUUAAAGAAUUUCGGACCACUUUGGAAUGUCAUCCACUCACUGUGACCGAUCCUAUUGAUGAGCACAGAAUAUGUGUCUGUGUGAGGAAACGACCUCUAAAUAAACAAGAAUUGACCAAGAAGGAAAUUGAUAUGAUUUCAAUUCCUAGCAAGAGUCUCCUCUUGGUACAUGAACCCAAGUUAAAAGUGGACCUAACAAAGUAUUUGGAGAAUCAAGCAUUCUGCUUUGAUUUUGUAUUUGAUGAAAUGGCUACCAAUGAAGUUGUCUACAGGUUCACAGCAAGACCACUGGUACAGACCAUCUUCGAAGGUGGAAAAGCAACAUGUUUUGCAUAUGGCCAGACGGGAAGUGGCAAGACACAUACGAUGGGCGGAGACCUCACCGGGAAAGCCCACAACACAUCCAAAGGGAUCUACUCCAUGGCCUCCCGGGACGUCUUCCUCCUGAAGAAUCAGCCUCGCUACCGGAGUCUGGGUCUGGAAGUCUAUGUGACGUUUUUCGAGAUCUAUAAUGGGAAGCUCUUCGACCUGCUCAACAAGAAGGCCAAGCUGCGGGUGCUGGAGGACGGCAAGCAGCAGGUGCAGGUGGUGGGGCUACAGGAGCACCUGGUGAACAGCGCUGAUGAUGUCAUCAAGAAGAUUGAAAUGGGCAGCGCCUGCAGGACCUCUGGGCAGACUUUUGCCAACUCCAACUCUUCCCGCUCCCACGCCUGCUUCCAAAUUCUUCUUAAAACCAAAGGGAGAGUAUACGGCAAGUUUUCUUUGGUGGAUCUAGCAGGGAACGAGCGGGGUGCGGACACUUCCAGCGCUGACCGGCAAACUCGCAUGGAGAGUGCAGAAAUCAACAAGAGUCUUCUGGCCCUUAAGGAGUGCAUCAGGGCCCUGGGACAGAACAAGGCUCAUACCCCUUUCCGAGAAAGCAAGCUGACGCAGGUGCUGAGGGACUCCUUCAUCGGGGAGAACUCCCGGACCUGCAUGAUUGCCAUGAUCUCCCCGGGUAUCAGUUCUUGUGAAUAUACUUUAAACACACUGAGAUAUGCAGACAGGGUCAAGGAGCUGAGCCCCCACACUGGGUCCGGUGGGGAGCAGGCCAUUCAGAUGGAAACAGAAGAGACAGAAAGCUCCAUGGGGGUCCUGAUGAGCAACAAUCUCUCCAAAGAAGAGGAUGAUCUGUCUUCCCAGAUGUCCAGCUUCAAUGAAGCCGUGACUCAGAUCAGGGAGCUGGAGGAGCGGGCCAUGGAAGAGCUCAAAGAGAUUAUCCAGCAAGACCCAAGCUGGGUUGAGCUCUUUGAGAUGUCUGAGCAGCCUGACUAUGACCUGGAGACCUUCGUGAACAAAGCAGAGUCAACCCUGGUCCAGCAAGCCAAGAACAUCUCUUCUCUGCAAGAUACCAUCAAGGCUUUGCGAUUGGCCAUGCAGUUGGAGGAGCAGGCCAGCAGGCAAAUGAGCUGCAAGAAACGACAUCAGUGA